AUGGAAGUUGUGCUUCUGGCUGCUCACAAACUGCAGCUGCUAUCGGAAUUGGGCGGCGUCUGUGCGGUGCCGGCACAGUCCUCGAGUAGGUCAGAGGAGUGGCAUGCGCUUAAGCCAGCUUACGUGCGUCACGGGCCGCUAAAUAAUUACAGACGCUGCCGUCUGACAGCGCGUUUCUUUUGUAGCAUGGACGGAACAGUACUGUCUUCGGCAAAUGAGACGCGCGGCUCGAAUGGGGCCCAUAGCCCUGUUAUUCUGCUGCUGCCACUGGGCCGGGAUCCUGUGGAAAACAGCGGGGUCAUAGCUUUCAAGAUGGCCAAUGAGGGUCCGCUGAUGUCCCGUCGCCACUGUGUGCUGCAACUCAGCAGUAGCUGUUUGUUGUGCGUCCCACACGACUCACGUGAGUGGUGUGCCAUUAACGUGCGGGAUUGUUGCAGCUUGAAUGGCACGUUUGUGAACGGCCGUCGCUUGGCAGCUGGCGCGAGUUCCCCACCAGUGGUGUUUGAUCCUUGCGAUGCACGGGCUUGGAGGGAGCCGCUGUUGACCCUGGAACUCGGUGCUGGGGCAAAACUCGCCCCCGGUGCUCCCCUUUCCGAGCGGCAAGCGCUGCUGCGGCUGCACGUCUUCGCACGUUUCAUAGGAGAGAGACAGGACGUUGGAUGGAUCCAGCGCCGCUUGCGGGGCGUCUGUUUUUCCAAAUUAGCUCCUGGAGGCGCUGCGCCACAUCUUUCGCAGAAUGAGCAUUCCGUUUGCAGCUUGCUUGCAGCGUCAGUGCCAGUCGAAUUGACGACGGAGGCGUUGGGAAAGGAAGAGUGUGGAAAUUGUGUACACUCCGAGGAGGUUUUGACCUCGCCGUGUGAGGCUUGUGCUGCGGCUGCGCAGAGAAUCCUGUUGCUGAAUGCAGGGAGCGCAGAGGCCGUUGACGCAAACGUCUAUCCGUCCACGCUGCCACGGUGCCACAACCCCAGUGGCCCCCAAUGCCUUGGUUCUCCAUCCCCGACUCACCGCCCUGAAUCUGGGGCGGCCGACAACGACGCGGAGGAAUCGAUGCUGCGAGAGGCGUGUGUUAAUUACGCCGCCGCUCUACCGCGCGACGCAUCGGCGCAUCUCGUAAAGAGCGCGGAGAAAAAGGGCACGCCAAGGAGGAAAAAAUGCAACAAGGCUGCCUCACCCGCGAAGCGACGCGUUAGGGACAGUUUCUUCGACUAUCCAGUUGACGUCGGAUUGACCGCACGCGAUGCGGCCCCAAGACGAACGCCACUUGGGGAAGGAGGUGCGGGAAAAAUUGGGGAUUGCGGCUUGCCAAGAAGCGCCUCCACGCGCACGGGGCUUGUGUCAGAAUCUUUGCUGGCUUCCCGCGAUGUCGGCGGUAGCCCCAGCAGCCCUUUGCAGGAAUCCCUGUUGGAUUUUUCGCCAGUUCUGGUAAAGAAACCGUUCUUGGCGAGGUCCUCUCCGCUUGAGCCUCCAGCAAGGGAGUGCCGUGUAGCGAAUACUUCUCGGUCGGUCUCCCUGCCAGCCGCAGCUCCAUGCAAGGAGGGGAGCAGGAUGGUAUCCCCUACUAGAGCUCCACCGAAGCCAGUCAAUGCCGCAAACGGAGACAUGACGGCAGAGAGGGAGGAAGUGGCGGUAAUGUCGGACGCCGUGCGGCAUCAGUUGGAAGGAGGGCUAACAGUCACGGCACAGACUUUGAGUUGGAGAAGCGGGAGUUGCUCUUUGCCGACGUCUCAAGACGAUAGAGUCGUCGCACUGCCUCGGCGCGGCAUGGUCACAGUAAAGGAGGAGGCUGCUUCGGAGGGAGAGGAGCUGGCUGGAGACGCCCGCUCCAUCACGGUGAGCGCUUCGCCUCCACCUUGCGCUCCUGCAUUGGGUGCAGGUUCGGCAGAGAGCCCGGGCAAGAAGACAAGAAAACGAGGUGGGAAGCGGAAGCGCGCUGCUGACUCGAAAGAGACGGUGAAGAUGUUUAUUGCGGAACUGCUUGAUGGCACUGACGGUGCUUCUCCUCACGAGCGUGAGUAG